GAAAAAGGACAAGAUGACGAGUCUGCUGUGCAUCACUUUGUUGUCCUUGAGCCUGGCUGGCAUUGUCCACAGUCAGCUGACCGGCACUCCCGGGUCAUAUUCAGUUAAGGUGAUUGGCGACCUCGGAGACAAUGUCACUUUGCCGUGCCACCUCCCACAAGAAGGCCGCAGUUACUUUAGCGUCGGCAUCCGGGUCAAAUGGACCAAGGUAGCAGACGAUGAGGCUCUGAAUGAGGAUGUGCUGCUUUCCAUGGGCUUCCACAAGAAAACCUACGGGAGCUUCGAGGGUCGCGUCUUCUUGCGGGAACUGGAUAGUGAUGACGCUUCCUUGGUGAUAACCGACGUUUCCUUGGAUGACAGUGGAACGUACCGUUGUGAGAUCAUCAACGGGAUGGUCGAUACCAUGCAAGAGAUUGGCUUGGAGGUGCAAAGUGGCCUCACUGAUGGUGUGGUGUUUCCUUACUCUCCACCUCUUGGGCGCUACAACUUGAACUUUGACGACGCCGUGCAGGCUUGUUUGGAGCAGGAUGCAGUGGUCGCCACCUUUGACCACCUGUUUGAAGCCUGGAAGGACGGCCUGGACUGGUGCAACGCCGGCUGGCUGGAUGACGGCACCGUGCAGUAUCCCAUAACAAACCCUAGAGGACCCUGCGGCGGUGCCAACAGCAGUCCUGGCGUCAGAACCUACGGCAGACGUGACAAGUACCUGAGCCGCUUCGAUGUGUUCUGCUUCGCUAGAGCAUUGAAGGGCCAUUUCUACUGGCUGACCCAACCCGACAGACUCAACUUCGACGAGGCCAUCCAGGCUUGCUUCGAUGACGGCGCAGAGAUCGCCAAGGUCGGUCACAUGUUCGCCGCUUGGAAGCUGGAAGGCUACGACCGCUGCGACGCCGGCUGGUUGGCCGACGGCAGCGUCCGCUACCCGAUCUCCAGGCCCCGCAGGAACUGCAGCCCCACAGAGGCCGCGGUACGCUUUGUUGGAUUUCCAGACAAGCAAGAAAAGCUCUAUGGCGUCUACUGCUUCAGGCCCGAGCCCUGAAGAGUCCAGUCGAAGCCACGACAACCAAAGAGCUGCAAACACAACCCAAACUAAUUAGGAUUGAGUCGAUGGAUAUUGAGUAGAGUGAGCUUUAGAACGUCUAGGAAUUAUGGUUUACUGGACAUACUACACCGAUUUCAUUCAUACUUUGAACACAGUGCAAACAUUAAAACCAUUGUUGUUACAAACAUAUAUAACAUAAAACUAUCCAAUACAUUUUGCAAAUGUCACAAACAAUCCCAAAUUAACAAAUACUGGCAUUCCUUAGUCAGAAACUGAUAUUGUCUUCUGGUGCACUCUUGUGUGUUUUACAGAGCAGUAAAAAUAAAAAUUCUAAAUUGGGGGGAAAAAAAUUCUAUAUUUUUGUAUUUUUCACAUUUUUUGUAGUUCUGGGUACA